AUGAUUCGGUUAAACGUUUUAUUAGCAGUAGUCGCGCUUCUGUUUUUAACAGUUGAUGCAAAAAAAGGUUUUGGUCCCGGUGAACAAGAUUGGGGUCAUAUAACAGUACGUCCUGGUGCUCAUAUGUUCUAUUGGUUAUAUUAUACAACAGCAAAUGUUAAAAAUUAUACUGAACGUCCACUUGCAAUAUGGUUACAAGGUGGUCCAGGUGCAUCAUCAACUGGUUAUGGUAAUUUUGAAGAAUUAGGACCAUUGGAUUUAGAAUUGAAUUAUCGUAAUUAUACAUGGGUUAAGGAUAUGAAUGUUUUAUUUAUUGAUAAUCCAGUUGGUAGCGGUUUCAGUUAUGUUGAAAAUACAAAUUUAUUAACUAGAACUAAUAAUGAAAUUGCAUUGGAUUUAGUUGCAUUAAUGAAAGGUUUUUAUAAAAAACAUCCUGAAUUUAAAAAAGUUCCAUUACAUAUAUUUUGUGAAAGUUAUGGUGGUAAAAUGGCACCAGAAUUUGCAUUAGAAUUAUAUGAAGCAAUAAAACGUGGUGAAAUUGAAUCAAAUUUAAAAUCAGUUGCAUUAGGUGAUCCAUGGACAUCACCAAUGGAUUCAGUAUGGGCAUGGGGUCCAUUUUUAUUACAAACUGCUAUGGUUGAUCAACAUGGUUAUGAAGAAAUUCAAGCAGCUGCAGCUGAUUGUGCAAAUUCAAUUAAAAAUGAACGAUGGGUUGAAGCAACAAAUAAAUGGGGUGCAACACAAAGAGUUGUAAUGUGGGAAAGUCAUUAUGUUGAUUUUUAUAAUAUCUUAAAGAAAAUACAAGGUGGUUAUAAUGCAAUGAAUUUAAGAAAUGAUGAUUUAAUGUAUCGGACCUUGGUUGAUUAUGAUUUGAUUGGAGAUCGAAAAUAUUCAUUAGAUGAAUUAAUGAAAGGACCAGUUUCAGAAACUUUGGGUAUUACUAAAAAUGUACGAUGGGGUAGUCAAAGUAGUGUUACAUUUAGUGCAUUAUCUGGUGAUUUUAUGAAACCAGUUUAUCAUAUUGUUGAAAAACUUUUGAAUUCAACUGAUGUUCAAGUUGGUGUAUUUUCUGGUCAAUUAGAUUUAAUAUGUGCUACUUCAGGCACUGUUAAUUGGAUUGAUAAAAUGCGUUGGAAUUAUCGUAAUGAUUAUUUAAAUGCACCACGUAAAGCCAUAAGUGUUAAUGGUAUUAUUGAAGGUUAUACUAAAGAAGCUGGUAAUUUUUCAAUGCAUUGGAUUAAUCGGGCUGGUCAUAUGGCACCAGCUGAUAAUCCAGCCGGUAUGAGUUAUGUAUUACAAAAAUAUACAAAUUUUGGUGGAAUGUAAAUGAAAAUAUAAAUGAUAUUCGCUUAAAUACAAUUGAAUAAGAAUGAAUUAAAAUAG